GCGCGGGUGGGGAGGUCGACGCCAGGCUUCCUCCCCUAACGGACUCCGAGGGCAGGUGGAGCGUUUCCUCCCCCGUCAUGGGUCUGAGCCAGGGAGAAGGCGAAGGGAGUGAGUCCGAGUCUGCUCUGGGCCGUGAAAGGGAGCAGGGUGAGGAGAAUUCAGGAGCUGGUGGCGCCCUGCAUCUCGGGGGCAUCGGCAGCAGGCUGCCCAACAGGCCGGGCAACCCUCCGAGCAGGGGCAAUGUGGACAACAAAGAGAACAGCCUCAGCGUCUGGCUGAAGUUACUCAUCCUUUGGACCAAUGAGGACAUCACUGGAUCUUUGAUAAUUGCUCGAAAACAUAGCAAGGAUCAUCUGAAGAAGGAACAAGUCUGCAAAGUUUUCCCAUCUUUCAGCAGUUCUUCUGAGGAAUCAAGUGAAGAAAUGUCUGAUGGUGAGAUGCAAACUGAUCAAAGAGAUGCAGAUCUGAUUGAAGGUGCAAAUACUUAUGAUUCUACAGGGAAGGCUCAGUAUAGACAGGCAUGUGAAAUGUACGGAGUGGUACCAAUCUCCUAUUUUUUGCGCAACAUGAACAGUACAGAACUGUCUCUAAUGCAUUAUGGACUUGGACCUCAGGGGGCCAAAGCCAUUUCCGUGUCUCUGAUAACCAACACUACAGUCAUAAAGUUGAAUCUGAAGGAUAACUGGCUGGAGGCCAUGGGUGCGAAAGCAAUCGCAGAGAUGCUGAAGGAGAACUGUUACAUUGCAGAUGUUGACUUGUCCGAUAACCAACUGGGAACUGAAGGAGCCAAAGCAAUCAGCAACAUGCUCAUGGAGAAUACAGUUCUAAUAAAGAUUGACCUUGCGGGAAACUGUUUUGAUGACCAUGCUGCUAACUACCUGGCUGAAGCUAUAAGCAACCCACUCAAGUUGCAGAUCUUAAACCUGAGCCACAACAGGAUCAGUAAUACUCCAGGAAAUGAGCUGGGAAAUGCUAUCGCAGAAAAUACUGGGCUGAAGGAACUAAACCUAAGCUGGAACUACCUACAUGGCAAAGGAUGCAUAGGAAUAGCAGAAGGCCUCAGGGAUAACGUUUUUCUGAGAGUACUGGAUUUAUCCUAUAAUGGAUUUGGGAAUGAAGGAGCAAAAGCUCUUGGAGAAGCACUUAAAGUUAACAAUGUUUUAGAGCAUCUGAAUGUCAGUAAUAAUCGUAUUUCUGCAGAAGGAGCUGUGUUGUUAUCCUUAGGAUUGAGAGUUAAUAUCACUCUAAUUGGACUUAAUAUGGCCCGGAAUCCUAUGCGGAGUGCUGGAUGUUAUGGGAUUUUGAAGGCUAUAAAAGAAAAUCCCAAAAGUGCCAUAAAGUCAUUGGAUUUCUCUGAUAUCAGAGUUAAUAACGAUUUUGAGGACUUGUUCAAUAGCGUAAAAGAACAGGCUCCAAAUCUGGAAGUGAAACAUGAGAAGAAUCUAGAUCAGUUCAAGAUACAAAGAUCCAAGGCUGAUCCCCUGACAAGACUGAAAGAAUACAUGAAGGAGAAUCACCUGAAGUUGGAGCAUUUCUUAGAUGCAUUCGAUUUAGAGGAGAACAGGCAUAUCAGACUCUCUAAAUUCCAGGAGGGACUGAAGAAUGCUAGAGUCCCUUUAAAUGAUGUUGAACAGCAAAAACUGAUGGAUUUAUUGGACAAAGAAAAGGAUGGCGAGAUUGAUUUCAGUACAUUGAAUGAAUUGCUACUUAGCAACUAAUCUCAUUCCAAAUAAUGCCAGUCUCAACUAGAUGCCAAACAGAAUUUCAUUAUAUCCAAGGAGUCAUGGAAUCUUAAGAAUUUGCCUGCAUGGACAUGAAAACAAUUUUAAUGGAACAUGAGCACUACUGUGCCCCGGUGUUUUUUCGUUGCUGGAGCUGACACUACCCAUGUUUGGCAAUCACUUUAGCUUUCUUUCCCCAUUCAUGGAACUGAAAAAACAUCAAGUUGUGCUUCAGAUAUGUAAGGGUUGAAAUUUACUGAAAUAAGUAAUAUUUUUAAUAUUGUCCAUGAAAAAUGUUUCAUCACACAGCUCCUCCAGUGACCUUGUAUCAAAAGGCCGCAUGUUAGAUAAAGCAAAACUGUUCAAAGUAGAAGUUGCAAGUUCUUUUUUCACCCCUAGCUGUCCCCAGGCAACUCUUCUCUGCUGAGUUAAUUACUCGCAACUUAAAGCAACAUUUAAGGUGCAAAUUUACAGAACUCAACACCUGAAUUCUGAAGAAAAACACCUGCUUGGAAGUCGCAGAGGUUGGACUUGUCACUCUGUAUAAAUGAAUACCAAUGCAUUCAUCCACUAUCGAGCCUCCCACAGGAGACUCAGAAAAUGUACUGAUGGCUUCUAGUACCUGUAUUGCACCAUGGCCCCACCUCAAAUAAAGGAGAAAGUAAGGUAAAUAAACUCCACACUCACCUAAUAGAUUGUUGUGACUGGGAACAUUACUUCUGUCCUUAUGUUUGACUGCACCUAUAAGUAAAUGUUUCAAAUGUUUUCUUGUGGCUAGUAUGGAUCUUUAAAAGCAGUGUUUGAACUGAGGAUACAAAUUGAAAUCAAGGUGCAUUGUUAUCCAUCGAGGGGAAU